AUGGUUCGUCUCGGCGUUUGUUACUGCUGGUGGGAUGCGGUUCUUGAUGCCAAAAAUGAUGAGGGCGUCAAAAGUUUCUUCGCUGAAGUGUACGAAACUUACAUCAAGUAUUUCGAAAUGGAGCUAUUCAAUGCGCAGAAACUGCGGAAUCAAAUCGAAGAGUAUGCCGAAGAAAAGGUUUUGAGGAGGAAAACGGCGAAACUCGCCAAGAACGUAUUAGAAAUCGAUGAAGAUUAUGAGAAUAUUCUCUCUGGUUCCUUGGCGAUUAAAGUAGCCGAGGGAGCGUUCAAAGAUGUGCAGAAUGACAAAGUUCCUUUGCUGGCUCAAGGGUUCGUAAGUGUUACGCGUAAAUUUUCCUUUGCCAAGGAUGUGAGGAAUUGGCUUGUCGGCAAACUCGUCGCCGAAUUUCCAGACUGCGAAGUAACCCACGACGUAGUCGCACAGCGUUUCCUUGAUGAGGAUGCGUAUGAAGAAAAUCAAGUACCUCACAUGAAGACACGGAUUGAGAAUUGCUACAAUUCUUUCGAGGAAUCCCUGAGAACAAUCAAUACGAAGGACAUGUGGGCUACGUAUUUGUCCACUAUAGACAAUUUGGAGAACGGACCGCGGACGUAUUCUGAAAAAUACGUACAAGUGACGCGCAGAGCAUUUGAAACAACGGGAAAAUUCGGCGAAGAACUGUUUUCGCUGCUGAUGGGAACAAAGGAAUAUCAACAGGCGUUGGCUGUAAUUAAUCAUGUCAUUAAUCAAGAAUUGGCAGAAGGCGUUGACAAGAUCACGAAUUUGCUGGUAAAGAAAAUGGAUCUCCUGAUGUCAGUGAAAUCUAUGAAAUUUGAAGAAUUCUCGAAAGAAUUCUUUGACAUUCAACGCAUAUGCGACGAAAAAUCUAUGCAUCAAGACGCGGAGAGGAUUUGCGUCACUGUCGCCAAUUACUUGCAGGGAAAUAAUUCGUAUAUGAAGGAUCCACACGCGAAGGAUUUCUUCGAACGAUGCUUCCAACUGAGACCAAGGUGUGGGGCAUUGUUCGAAGGCGUGAGUGGACUUCUCGCCGGAGCUCACAUAUGAGCUGCGAUGACUCGUCGUGGGAUGAAAAUGAAUUCGAAGCCUCGGAUUUAUAUGAUGGAUAUGGCUGAAAUGCUUGCUGAUGCCCAUAUCGAGUUUGUACAUUCCGAUCAGGACAAUGAGUGACUGAAUAUCUCCUUCUCGCUGCGAAAUUUUUUGUACGGUUUUUUUUUCUUGCAUUUUUUGUACGGUUUUUUUCUUACAUUUUUUGUUGUUGUUUCAAGGCAAACAAUGUAAAAAAAGAAGCUGAAUCUCGUCGUUUUACUCGUUUGCACAUGCAUCAUGAUGAUCCGUUGCUCGAAAUAAAUACGCACUCCAGAAUGAA